UUCAUCUCCGUUUUUUCGGUUGCACCAUACAACCAACGAGACAACAUCCCGCUUCCGUGCCUUUGAAGGGAAAUACCGCAACUUUGUGAGCAAAGGUUAACAGUUUAGAGGAAAAUGGGGCUCCAGAAGAUGUGCUCGAAACCCGAGUUUCCUUUCUGUAUCAACCCAAAGAUAAGACACCGAGGGAAAGUUUUGAAGAGUCUCUAAAUCCUGCUAGAUUGACGAGGGGGAGGCUGGGCCGACAUGAGGGUGUUUAAUCGCGGUGUGAUGAUGCUGCUGACCACGGCGGGGGCUUUCUGCGCCUUCAGCCUCAUGACCAUCGCCGUGGGAACGGACUAUUGGCUGUACUCCCGAGGGGUGUGCCGCUCCAAGUCCCUGAACGACAACGAGACUGUCCGUAAGAACGAAGAGGUCCUGACCCACUCCGGCCUGUGGAGGACCUGCUGCACUGAGGGGACAUUUCGGGGCGUUUGCAAAGACAUUGAUCACUUUCCUGACGACGCAGACUACGAGCAGGAUGCUGCUGAAUAUUUACUACGAGCUGUACGAGCCUCCAGCCUCUUCCCCAUCCUCAGUGUGGGGUUGUUAUUUCUCGGGGGUGUCUGCGUAGCUGCAAGCGAGUUCUACAAGUCACGAUAUAAUGUCAUUCUCACUGCGGGUAUACUCUUCGUCUCUGCAGGUCUCAGUAACAUCAUUGGCAUUAUUGUGUACAUAUCAGCCAACUCAGGUGACCCCAGCCAGAGCGACAACAAGAAGAGCUACUCCUACGGCUGGUCCUUUUAUUUUGGAGCUCUGUCCUUUGUGCUGGCUGAGAUGGUGGGCGUCCUGGCGGUGCAUGUGUUCAUAGAAAAACACAGACAGCUGCGCACCAAAGGCCGGCCUUCACUCAUGAAGCCACCUCUCUCUCGAAGCUCAUCGUAUUACCGCAACCGUUAUUACCAGAACCGCAGCCGCCGAUACAGUUACAGGAGCAACCACAGCGCAGGGGACUCCUUUCGAGCAUCGCUCGGGCGUGACCGAGAGCCGUCCAUCUCCGCUGAAUCUAAAGUCGCCACUAUGGCAGGUUUGCCCACACCAGUGGCAGUGGGCUCAGAGUUCAUGCUCUACACUUUAACUUCAGCUCUCAAAGACAGUAACAUAGACAUGGCUGUGGAUCAUUUAACUGGAGCUGCUCACAACAACACGGAGAUGCUGCCUGGAAACUGUGCUUCCAACAGAAGGACCACACCUGUCUAAGAGGAGCGCACCUGUAAGAUGGGGACUUAAAACACAAGAAUACUCAAGAAUAAGUAUUCUCACUUUCUUGCUAUAGACAGAUGAAAGACGAAAGAUGAAAGACUUUGCAGAAAAGAGUGGGGCUGCAUUAGUAUGUCAAAUAUUUUUUCUAUUUACUGUUCUCUCAGCAUAUGUCAAGAAAUAGUGAAAAAUUGCCAUCACAAUUUCUCAGAGACAGUCCAACUCCAUUAUAUUACUUCGGGUGCAAUCAAAAGUUCCUGUCACUCCAACCACUAAAACCAGAAAGCAUGCCUGGUUUAAAUUUGGCCAAUCUCUCCUAUAAAGUCUGCUCUUUGUGCACCUCUGCAAUUGAACGGGCAGCAGGGUGGUCAGUGGUUAGGAUGGUCACCUCACAGCAAGAAGGUCCAAGGUUUGAAUUUACUGGCUGGGGCCUUUCUACGUGGAGUUUGCUUGAUCUCCCUGCUCCUCUGAGUACUCCGGUUUCCUCCCACAGUCCAAAGACAUACACGUUAGGUUAACUGGCAAUUCUAAAUUGUCUGCUUCUCUGUGUUAUCCCUGCAACAGACCACCAACCUGUCCAUGGUGUCCCCCACCUCUUGCCCCAUGACAAACUGAACAAGAUAUUGAAUUCCUUUUCUGACCAUCUGCGUGUCUGCAAUUUUGCCAUGACCCUCAAACCCCUCAAACUUUAAUGUCUUUAAUGACCAUCGCCAGUUUGCAAUACAGAGAGCAAACAGCAGGAUGGAGUGGAAAUGUCCACAGUAUCCAAACAUGAAGGCAAUGCAUCGGGUCACAAUGAUAGUUAUUUCUUAUGGUAUUUUCAGAGUUGUGCAUUAAGCCUUAAGCAUGAGAUUGGGGAUGAGAACUUCAGUGAAGCUCUACUGUACUCUACUGUAACCUGAGGCGACUGAUGGGGACUAUUUAGUGAAAACAACCUGAACCGGUUGCUCUCGGGCCACAGUCCACGACUUGCUACAACUUUUUCAUCUUCCACAAAAUGAAAUUCAAGUUAAAGUUCAGCAUUUUGACACAUACUGGAGGAGAUCCAAAGUGCAUCGCUGAGAGAAAUAUUAAAGUGGUCAGAACAGGGUAUGUAGGGAAUGAUUUAAAACAGGAGCUGAUGAGCUGUGUAAGCUUACAGCACUGCCCAAGGACAUGACCUAAUAGGGAAGACGGGCCAAAUUUAAAUCAGGUAUGGUUUAUGAGUUUAACAGCUGGCGUUGCAGAACUUAAUGAUUGCAUCUCCUGAUAACACAA